AUGAACGGACUAAAGGCAUGGUUCACGAAAGGCCCGGCUCAAGAUACCUACAAAAAGAAUAUCCUUCCUGAACUGGAGCAUCUCUUGGAGAAUUGCGGGCUUCCUGAAGGCGACCCUCUUUUCCUGAGAGAUUAUAUGAUCGGACUAUCUGCAAGCAGAGCUGUCCCAACUGUCAUGAUAUGCUGUAUAGAUGAAAACAUUCGGGCCAAAGCUAAGAGAUUUGUGAGCGACAGUGGGAUAGUGAAAAGUCAUGGCUUCAAGUUGGGAUGCAGCGCCUUGUGCCUUGAAGCGAAGACGAUACCGAUAAAAUGCAUGAAGGAGUCACUUCCAGACGAGGAAAGGGACGAAAGCCAUGAUUCAGAAACAAUCUCGACCAUACUUGGGGGUCGAGUCUUUUUCCAAAAUCAUGACAAUGGCAAUCUUCGGGCUGCCACAGCCGGCCCUGUGGUCAUGCUCGGAGGAGCCGUCUAUCAACUCACAGUCGCGCAUAUCUUGUUAAAAGAGGACAAGUCCGUUAUUGGCCAAGAAAGGAGAGAUCUGGACGAAUUCGAGCUUGAAAGCGAUCACGAUGAAUACGGCCUUGAACUUGGUGGUUGUGGUAUGGAGGGAAGCAUUUCCUCUGGGGAUACCUCGGAGGAGAAUGACCUGGACGAAAAAGGGAUUUCAUCUACGUUAUUGGAUAACAAAUCUUCCCGGGAUGGGGUAUAUCAACUCGGAUCAUACCGCCGCUGGGGUUUUAAGCGCUUAGUGGCACAACUUCUCGACAGGUCUCGCGACGAGUCUCGCGACGAGGUACAACAGCCGGCAAAAUUACUUUGUCCUAGCAGACACAUAGAAGCUGAUGUGGUCUCCAGCUUUCCCAAACCGAACCACACUCUUGAUUAUUUGUUAUUCGCUAUUUCGCAUGCGGAGAAGCCUCUCCCCUCUUCAGUUCGAACGAUGAAUACUGUUCAUCCAGAUAUGUAUAAUAACAGCGACAAGUCAAAAAAUGGCCACCCAACGCUCGAGAUUCGACAAGCAGUUGCUAUUGAUAGUUCAGAGAAGGUUGUGAUGCUCAUCACGGCUGUAGGUGCAGUUUCAGGUAGACUCAUACCUGGCACGACAUCAUACCGCCAAUCUGGUAAAACGACAUUCCAGAAAAUACACAUUGUCUUGACCGAAUCCCCAAUUUACAAAGGAGAUUGCGGCGCCGCCGUGAUAGAUGCAUCAACAGGUCACUUUUAUGGACAUAUCGUUCUUGGAGUUCCUGGAACAUUUCUGGCAUACAUUAUCCCUUCUGUGGAGGUAUUACAAGAUAUUAAAAACCAGACCGGGUUGGAAGCAUCUUUAGAUGUGUCGCAAUUCCAAAACAAGGCUAAACAUGAGCCGCCUCGAAAAAAAAUUAAGAGCUUUGGAGACGAGUUUCACAGUCAUUUGGCGGAGAGACCUUUGUUUAGUCAAGAGCAGCAUGGAGAAAGCGAACCGGAGAUGGUGUGCCCCUUUUUCCGUCUCGACCCCUUCCGAUACCAGAAAUGCUAUUUAUCCAAGCUUCGCCGGUUCUCAGAUGUGAAGCAACACCUUGAGCUCGUCCACUCUCGCAGCGCAUAUUAUUGCCCUUAUUGCCAGACUAGUUGGCCCGAGGAGAAAGAAUGGACAGAGCACGCUCGGAAGGGCUGCGACAAGCCACUUGCUCCCAACUCCGAUGCCAUUACCACUCUUGACCUUGAACUUCUCGAUAAAAUUCCACGAGAUAAAGAUGAUGCGGAGAAAUAUUCUAUCAUGUGGAAGAGUCUCUUCCCGGGGCCGUGCCCUAAUCCUUGGCGUAAGGAUUCACUGAGGGAGUGUAUAAACCAGAUCCAACAAAUUCAGGGGGAGUCUCUUCGACGAUUGAUACCGGACCUACUAAGAAAGUAUCGUGUUUCUUUGGGCCACAGCCAGACUUAUGAACUCAUUGAAGAUAUCAUCCUCGAAGUCUUCAAUAAAAAUAUCAUGCGAUAUCCCGCCGCAAUCGACCAGCAGACUCUGGAUUCUCUAUUACCUUCAACUUUACUACCACCAGAGGACAGCGACUUUUCUAGGACCAAACAACUAGAGAAGGAACCAACAAAGAAGAAUGCUUCUCAGUUGUACCAGCAGAUGCCGAUACCGCCGCAAGAGAGUGCCUGGGAGGAUGAACCACUGAGAGUAGCCCAGCACAAAGGGCAUGAGGGACCGGAAAUUUCACCGGCUCCCGCCGAUUUUACACUGCACGUCGCGAAACAGACCUGA